AUUUCGGCCUUUUUUUAACCCCGAAUGAUUAAUCCAUUUCAUCAUCACCACUAUUUAAUAUCAUCCAAAUCAUCCAAAUCACUUCACUUGAUCAAUCAAUCCAGAAUAAACCAUCAAAAUGCCCAAAGAACUCCGCGACAAUGUCUCCCGCACCAAAGGACCCUCCCCCAUCGGCAAAUCCAUCUUCAUCGGCCUCCGUGCAGCAGAUGUCUUCUGGCAGUACAAUCUGCUCCGUCGCAGCUGGGGAAUGGCCAUCAUUGAGAAACUAGGCGGCCAUGCUGCCCCGGCCAUCCAAGUCCUCCAUCCAGUUGGACUUACUGGACUCCGGCCAUACUACGACUUGGUUAGUCUGUUUUCACUGGGCAGCAGUGUGAAGCAAAUCGCACAUAUGGCUCUAGUUUCCGAGCAGGAAAUGAGCACCGGGUCAGCCGUGGCGAUUGCUGCGUUCAACACCAUCUUCAACAGCGUCAAUACGCUCUUCUCGCUCUGGGCUGUGUCAUCCCCCGCAAGUUCCAUCUCCUAUCUAUCAAACUGGAAAGACACCCUCUCCAACCCUCUUAUCGCAGUCGGCGUUGGCGCAUACACUAUCGGCAUCCUCACAGAAGCCAUCUCUGAAUUCCAGCGCAAGGCAUUCAAAAACGAUCCAGCCAACAAAGGCAAACCGUACGCGGGUGGUCUCUUCUCGCUGGCUAGGAAUAUCAACUACGGUGGAUACACCAUCUGGCGCACUGGGUAUGCGUUGGCGACCGGUGGAAUCGCGUGGGGAAUUGCUACGUUUGCGUUUUAUUUUGCCGAUUUUGCGACUCGUGGAGUGCCUGUUUUGGAGGAGUAUUUGACGAGUAGGUAUGGUGAUGCGUAUGAGGAGGUCAAGUCUCGUGUGCCCUAUUCGUUGAUUCCGGGGAUUUAUUGA